UUCUAAUAUAAAAUUUCUUUAGUAAGAUUAAACAUUGAUGGUUGAUUGAGCAGAAAGUAAUUUAAUCUCUUUACCAAAAUGCUUUUAUUAUGAUUGUAUGUUUGGCAACAAUAAGUCAUGAGUCUGAGAGACGAAAAGUUGCAUGUUUUCGUAAUUUGUUACCUACUGUAGAAAAGACUUAAAAUUUUUGUUGCGUUUCGCGUGUUUGCAUUCCCAUUCAGUCUGUUGUAUAGUGAAAGGAACUUGAAAGGCGAAACUAAUUCUUUGGCUUCGAAAAUUUUUAUGGCUGACGGGCAUCGGCGAAGGAGAAUGAAAUCAGAUGACGAUUCAGAGGGAUCUUUUUCUGAAUCCGACGGAGAAGCAAAGGGUACAAAUGAUACUGAAAGUAGUGUAAAAGGAACACCGGAAAAGUUUAGUAGAAGGAGAAGGAGGCGCGUUUUGUCUGUUGACACAUUGGAGGAACAUUCAUUUUCUGAAACUGAUUCUGAACUGGAAGAUGAUGCAGCCAUAUUAAAAAAUAAAAGAAAGGAUGCUACAUCAAAACUAGCUGACGGAUCAGAAUAUGAAAGUGCGGAAGACGAAGAAGAGGAUAAAACUAAUGGAGAAUCGAGGUUCAAGGAUCAAGAAUCUCUUUCUGAAUUAGUUGAUGAAGAAGGAGGUGAGGAGGAUAUUGCUGAGACAGAAGAUGUUGAGGGAGAUUUUUUAAGUGGAGAUCCUCCUGAUGAUGCAUCUGAAGAUGAAGACUAUGUUGAAGAGGAAAGACAGCAAGGUGAUGGUGAGGAAUGUGCUCCUUCUAAUGCUGUUCAUGAGAAAGAAUUAGAUUAUGAUGAAGACAGAAGGAAUCCUCAGUAUAUACCUAAAAAGGGUAUAUUUUAUGAGCAUGAUGAUAGGAAUAAUGAAGAUCCCAAGGAAAAAGAGGAAGAACCUUUAAGGGAUCGAAAAAAAAAGCUUUGGUUGGAUGAAGGGAAAUGGGGACAUGAUAGAUUUUGUGAAGAGGAACAAUAUCCUAAAUCAAAGCAUGAACUGAUAGAAACCUAUGGUUAUGACAUUCGAAAUGAAGACGGUCCUCCACGAGCUAGGAGACGAAGGAGAUAUGG